AUGCUGUUGACGUCAUUGCUUCACUCGUCCACAGCCUUCACCUUGGCGCGGGCGCCGGUGCUCGACGGUCACCCGCUGGCGCCCGCCACACGCGCGCGCCAUCACGCCGUGGUCGCUCGCGAAAUCGCGUUCGUCGCGCAGUCAGAGGCACGGUGCGAGCCCUUUGCGGCGACACGCGCUCGGCCGCUUGGCGACUGGUUUGCUCAGGAGGACGCGCUGCGAAUCCUCAUGUCCCAGGCCGAGUCCUGCCGUCGGCUGGACGAGGACGCGCCGCCGGGCAGCGAGACGCAGCGGUGGGAGGUGGUCACGCCGAUCGAAUUCCCAGGCAUGGUUGCUCGCAGCGUCACCCCGAUGGACAUCCGCGUCGACGCUGCGGCGGACCGCCCAACGCUGAGCAUCUCGUCCGGCGCGUCCGAGACUCAAUGCUCCGGCGGGCCGGGAUGGGCGCAAGCGCUCCUCUCACGCAUCGGCGAGAUCGCGACCACAGUUUCGAGCAACACCGUCGACGUGCAGGAGGACGAGGGCGGCGGGCUGACGGUGGUGUCCCGCGUCAAGCUGACCGUCAAGCUGUCCAUCCCGACACUGCUGCUGCCGCCGUUUGUGCCUGCCGGCCCCUUUGAGCGGUCGGGCAGCGAGUCGCUGCAAAAGCUGCUCGACCGAGACAUGGGGACCGUGCUCGGGCGCUUCCGCGAGGGGUACCUGACUUGGGCGACCGGCGACUGACCAGAAGGCCGCCCUGUAGAGGCCUUGCGGGGGUAAGAGAGAGGUGCACACGCUGAUGUAGUCGGGCCCUUCUCGGACGUGACGGACUCCGCGAGCCCCGACACCGGGUGGCGGGACCAGCGCCGCCCGUGUCGCACACACACACACACACACACAAAAAGUAAUAUAUCUUU